UUCUUGGGAGUAAGCCCCAUUGAACUCAGUGGGAUUUAAUUGCAAGUUAAUGUUUACAGGAUUGCUCAGUAAACACACUUGAAUUCAGAUUUCCUAUCAGGGCCAAAAUGCAUUUGAUAGAAUCCUCAGAUUUUAGGGUUUGGAUUGUAACUCAAAGGUCAUCUAGAUCAACUCCCCAUCCCAGCCCUUGAAAACUGUAUUUCUAAUACAGUCUAAUAUGUCUUCAUUAUUACUAAGACUGCAAACUAAUUGAAGCAAUUUAACUGAUGAAUCUUCUGACUUUGCGUUGAUUAACUAAUUAUGGGCACGACCCAAUUUGGGUAUUCUAUGCCUCCGAUGCAGGCAGAAGCCUGGAGAUGAAGGUUGCCUCCACGGUUCUCCUGCCCUGCAAAAUAGUUUAGAUGGCUAUUUGAGUACCGCACUUAAAGCACUCGGGGCGUGGUCGAGGCUCACCGGGAUGCUUCAUUUUGUGAGUACCUGUUUCCCGACUGAGCGAACGAGGGAAGCAAAACCUGAGGCUGAGGGUGGGCGUGGCGGGCCCCGAUCCUGAAGAGGGGCGCGGCGUGCUGACUCACGUCGCAGUUGUUCAGUCGCGAAGUCGUGUCCGACUCCUCUCGACCCCAUGGACAACAGAUCAGGCUGAACUCGGAGCCCCCAUUAUGACCCUGAGCACGAAGCUCUUCCGCUGCAAAUGCAGAGGAGGGGGCCGGGGAGGGGGCCGCCCAUGCAAGGCGGAGAUCGGCCAUGCAGCAUCCCGACGAACUACGCAACUCCUCAUUGGCCGCAGCCGCCGUCACGGGCUCCGGCUUUGGCAGUAAAGGGGCCGGGCCGGGGGGCGGAUCCAUCCUGGGUUUGGGACUGCGGAGGGAGACGGAGGCUGAGAAGAAAAGGCCGACGUGGAGCCAAGCCGCCCAUUAGCGAGCCGCAGCGUUCUCGCCAGCAUGAGAGAUGACAGCAAUUUAAUCGAGCCCCUCCUGGCUGAUGGAGACCACAGCAAGCUCAUACCUGUACAGAGAGCUUCGUACUGGGAGAAACUCUGCAGGAUCCUGCCCCAAAGCCCUGGAGCAUCAUGGCUUGACUUUGAGAAGAACAUAAAUCAUGGCGUGUGUGGUUUCUCCCAUAAGUCCACUAUGACUGAGGUUACCAGGUCUCCUGUCCAAAGGAGAACCUGGAUAUCGAUUCUGGUUCUUAUACUUCUCUUUCUUCUCAUCAUUAUGGGGAUUCUGUUCUUCUAUAACUCCGCCCUGUGGUGGCAACAAUCUCUGGUAGAAGUUGACAGGAUCAGAGUUGGGGAGAACAUAACAGCACCCAUCUUGGUUCCUCCAAAAAACCUCACUGUUGCAGCUUUGUUGGAAGCCAAGAUGCAAGAACCACACCGGGGAGCCAUGAGAAGCUGCUUGGAUGAAUCCAUCCGGGAGUUUUUCCUGGAGCCAGACAUGGUGAAGAAGAAUGCCUGGCUCAUCCUUCAGUGUAACGGAACAAGGCAAGAGUUCCUGUCUGGAAAAGGAGAAAACCACAUUCAAGUGCUCUGGCUUGAUGGUAAGGCUCGUUACGUGUUUGAUGAGAGCAACUCAGGAGUCCACGUGGCCAGGAUCGGCCGGCAUACCCUGCCACUGAAUCUCACCAGCAUCCUGGGCGUCCUCCGAGAUCUGUCCUCCCACAAUGGCUCAAAGGAGCUGCAAAACUGUCUCAGCUGGACUUUACAAGAAUUCGCCCAGGAGCCAGCGAGCUUACAGGACAAUGCCAAACUGGUGGUGUCGUGUGGAGGGAGAAACCUCUCCUUCGUCUCUGGGGAGGGGCAGAAUGAGAUCAAUGUGUACACGGACCAUGCAGAGGGAGAAAUUCAGUUUCAGGUUAAAGCAACAGGAUGGGCUUGGUGGUCCAGGCUUUUCACAAGGUGGAGACUCAGUUGAUCGACAUGCCUGGGGAAGACAGCACAGGGGGAGCUUUAUGGCCCUGCCAAGGCAUCAGGGCUUCCCUGUGAAGCAUCUCUCUGCUCCGGCUUUUAAUGUGCACAGUUUUGGGAAUCACUUCACCCCAGUAUCCUGUCCAGGGCUAAUUGAUCACAUAGUUGGCAGUAAAGAAUUAUUCAGAAGUAACGUUGAAACCAGUCCAUGCGCUUGUUCAGGGCAGGGUUGUCUUAUUUAGCGGAACAACAAACCCUAAAUUUAUUAUAAUGUCCAGAAUAGAAAAAUCAUGAACAUUUUGCAUGACGGUCAUUUUUUUCCAGAGCCCACAUGCUCUACUUUCAAUAUCUUAUGCUCUUGUUUUCUAUUUAGAUAUUCUUAAAUAUAUGCUUAAAUAAAGUUUUAAUGCUCUUAAAUUAAACCCCUAGGGUUCCUUUAGGGGUGGAAAGAUAGAUUAAUUAUAUUCUAUCCUUAUCUUUUUUUCUUCAUCCUGGGAUAGAUUAAGAAUGCAGAUAUCACAGACUAUUUAAUCAGGCAAUAAAAUUGUAAUUAGACUCUA